UUUCAUUGGAAGGUGAUCUCAACGCGGAUGGGCUCGAGGUUCUCCUCAAAAUUCCAUCUCCUUUAAAAAAACUGGACUUUGAAAUUCAGUACGAUGCCGAAUUUCAAAAAGGAGACUACCACCCCGAAAACCUGUACAAACUUCUGCACAAACAUUCCCCCACGCUGGAAAAGAUUUCCAUUCAUUUCUCUACCGCCUUUGAUAAGAUAAGAAAAUGGAAAUUCCCCGAGGUAUUUUAGGCCAUGAAAGUCUUGCAGAUAAGGACGGGAAUGAAUAACAGGAUUUCAUUUGAGCGUCGCGACGGCGGGAAGUUUGAUUACCGCAAGAGUUUUCCGGUCUUGGAAAGCUUGCACGUGUGUUCGGAUUCCUGGGAUGGUUUUCCCAGUGUGGAGCAGUUUCUUCCAAAAGGUGGUUCUGGAGGGUCCGAGUCGGUGAAAAGAGUUGAGAUGAUUGUUUCCUACGAUGUGAAAAGAGCGGAUGACAUGGCAGCCAGGACGGAUUUGUAUGAUCGAUUGGUGAAAUUGUUUCCCAACGGGGCAGAUAAGAUCACAAUUACUCCAUUUGAUAAUGAGAAUUUUAGGUGGGUUGAAUGAAUCCUGAAGCGAG